AUGGAUACAUACUCUGGUGGUUUCCUUCAUCCCGACUCUGUUAUGGCUAUCAAUCCCUUUUUGAUUAUUGUUGCAGUUUGGAGCUGGGUGAAAUGGCUAUCCGUAUCGACGUUGAUCAUCGGAGGCGCUUCCUAUAUUGGUUAUUUAUUCACUCCGGAUUGGCGGGAAAUUGUUGAUUCGAAACAUUAUUAUAGUAAUUGGAAGAUUCGUGUCUACCUGUCUCUCCCCUUCAACACUGCCAGCCGAGUCAUCGGAGGUCUCGCGAAUCAAGAGAUUCCCAUUUGGCUCCGUGAGCAUCUUCUCGGUGGAUUCGCCCGUAUUUAUGACUGUCGAAUGGAGGAAUGCGUCGAUCCGGAUUUCAAGAAUUAUCGAUCGUUUGCCGCAUUUUUCAAUCGAAAAUUGAGAGAAUCGACUCGUCCGAUUAGUGCGUCUCCGUUGGUCUCACCGGCUGAUGGAACCGUUUUGCAUUUUGGAAAAGUCGAAGAGAAUAAGAUUGAAUAUGUUAAAGGCCAUGACUACGACGUGGACAAAUUUCUGGGCGACGUGGAGCUGCCUGCGAAGGACGAACUCGACUUGUAUCAAGUUGUGAUCUACUUGGCACCCGGUGACUAUCAUGCAUUCCAUUCACCCGCCCGAUGGGUUGCCAAUCAAUGUCGUCAUGUACCUGGACUCUUGUUGUCAGUCAGACCGACACUAUUGAGUCAUGUACCACAUUUAUUCUGUUUAAAUGAGAGAGUCGUACUCAACGGUUCGUGGCGUCACGGCUUCUUCUCAAUGUCGGCCGUCGCAGCGACGAACGUCGGAGACAUUGUCGUCGACGCGGAACCCUCUCUCCGAACGAAUAUCGUCCGACGUAAAACUCAAAAAAUCAUGAAUACCGAAACGGAAAUCCACGCGCCGUUCCUUCCCGGAGAACGUGUCGGAGAGUUCCGUCUCGGAUCGACGAUCGUCUUGGUCUUCCAAGCUCCGCCCACUAUUAAGUUUGCCAUCAAGGCCGGCGAUCCGUUGAGAUAUGGACAGAGUCUUGUGGCUGAUGGAGUCUAA